UGGGCGGGGAAGGCAAGGGCUGGAGGACCAAGGGGUUCCAGAGGGCCAGGAGGGAGAGAGAGGGCCUGAGCUGCCUGCCCUCCAGGGACCGGCUCCAGGGCUCCCCCUUGUGCAGAGGGCUCUAAAGUCUUCCUUGAUCGGACCUUUCACCUGGUCUUCUCUCCAUCAGUGAGAAGGGUCACUGACUGGCCUGACUCACGGGACUCUCCAUCCAGUUAACUGAGAGGUGCCAUGAAGGACCAGAUGAGGGAGGCCUGGCCCACAGGUGUGCAGGCAUUUUGUGUGCUGGUGUAGGGGGUUGGGGAGUAGCUGGGACUCAAGAGCAGGCCAGCCAGUGAGGGCUCUAGAGGGGUGUUUGGGAGUGUCUGCCAGUGGAAGUUCAUGAAGGCUAGUGGGGCUCAGGAAGGCUGGCUCAUGGGGGAAACUUCUAGAGCAGGGCUAGGCUGCCAGAUACACGGGAGGUUGGAAGAGGGAGUGACCUGAACCAGUUCUCAGGGUGGCUCAGUUCUGAUGACCAGGCUAAGCGGCCUCUCUGGCCUUCCUGGGAGUGGCUCAAGCCUGAGUGGAGCUGAGGUUAUGGAAAAGCCCACCCCCCCUUUGAGUCUGCAGGCUUGGCAUAUGCUGCCCCCUGGUGGCCAUGGGAAGCUGUGGUCCAGCCCCGGUGUUCGAGGGCCCAUCAAUCCCGCCAUCUGCUGGUUCGUGGGCGGACAUCUGUGCUCAGAAGAGUGAACUUGGGGCUUUGGGUCCAGAACAGAAGUCACAGAUAAGUAAGGUGCAGCAGCAUAGGCUGAGGCCUGGGCCUCACUGUCAGCGAAUAACUCUCAUGGUGACCAGCAAGCACUAUCAUUUUUCUCCAGGUCUCAGCUUCCUCCUCUGUGGCAUGGGGUGAAGGCUCUCUAUAGAGACCACGGGUGUCCAGCUACUCCCUUCUCCAGACAGCCCUGGCAGCUCCAGCCCUGCAGCACAGAGCAGAAAGGUGCUGGGAAAAGAAACCUCCCAGUUGUGCAGUUCCAGCCUUGCGACCUUAGAAAUUACUGAGCUUCUCUGAGCCUUGUUUGCUCUUUUGGGAAAUGGGGAUUAUACCAUCAUGGUUUGUGAAAGAGGGAACAGCUACAAAGUACUUCACACACAGUAAAGUUCUCAGUGCCGCAACUUAUCCUUCUCCUGGGUGGAGUUCAGGUAGAAACUGAGAUGGAGGGAUGUCCUGUUCAAGAGAUAACUCAUCUCUCAACGGUCCAAGCUGCCUCAGGAGGAGGGUGGGAGAACAGGUCAACAAGGGCUGACAAGAGCCCCUGAUGUUGAUAGAUAUGGAGCCUGGACUUGGAGCCCCUACUGUGCUACCCCAUUGCCCCAAGACUAGGCAGCAGGCUCUGCUUUGGCCCUCUGCGCAGUCCCCGGUCUGGCCGACCCUGGCCGCCCUGGCCCUGUUGAGCAGCGUCGCCGAGACCUCCCUAGACCCCGCGUCCCGCAGCCCCGCCACCCGCGAAGGACCCGCGCCCGCCCUGGCUUCCCCCGCCGGCCACCUGCAGGGGGGACGCACGGCCCGUUUGUGCGGCGGAAGACCCCGGCGGCCGCCGCCCCCACCUCCCCGGCCCGCGCCCUCCCUUCCCGCGCCCGCCCGCGGAAGCCGCGCGGCGCGUACCGGGGGCCGGAGGAGCCGCGCGCGGGCCGCGGGGGCGCGGGGCUGCCGUCUGCGCGCGCAGCUAGUGCCGGUGCGCGCGCUUGGCCUGGGCUACAGCUCCGACGAGCUGGUGCGUUUCCGCUUCUGCAGCGGCUCCUGCCGCCGCGCGCGCUCCCCUCACGACCUCAGCUUGGCCAGCCUGCUGCGCGCUGGGGUCCUGCGGCUGCCCCCGGGCUCCCGGCCCGUCAGCCAGCCCUGCUGCCGACCCACGAGCUACGAGGCAGUCUCCUUCAUGGACGUCAACAGUACCUGGAGGACCGUGGACAGCCUUUCAGCUACUGCCUGCGGCUGCCUGGGUUGAGGACUCGCCAAAGGGUUUUCGGACUGAACCGGUACCCAGGGCUCUUCCUGCUUGGAGUACUCCCGUAGGGACCCACUAGCCAGGGGCCUCAACCAGAGAUGGAGGCCUCAGAGGUGAGGCUCCAGCCAGGUGAUGGACAGCAGCCAUGGAGAGAUGGACCUAAGACAGGACCAGCGGCCCCAGGGUCCUCUCCCUGCAGGUCCUAGCACCACAGACACCAGAGGCCUCAGCUACAGAGACCCGUUAGGACCCACUCAGACUUUGGCACUAAUCAGGCCACGGACCUAGGACCUCUACUCCGGAGAAGCCAGCAGCGUCUGAGGCCUCAGCCUGACUGGUGGGGCAGAGUUUGAAGGAGACGUUGCAGCUGCAUGGCUGAAAGUGCCGAUGGUGGAGCUGGCCUUGUACUCAUUUGUGGGAGCUGGACCCCUAUUUAUUAUUUCUAAGUUAUUUAUUUA